CUCCAGAGCCUGGUCUCCCUCCUUGACGUGAACCACCUGGGAGGGGCUCAGGCCCUCCAGACCCUCGCCCAGCACCUGUCCCAACUGCUUUUCUCCCAGCCAGAUUUUGCUAAGAACAUUGACUUCCUGGAAGCCAUAAGCAGUGCCUUGAGGGCCCUUUUGCAAACAAUGGCCUCCAAAAACAUUUCUCAGUGCAUGACUCCUGAUCAGCUGGUGACGUUAUGCAAAGCUGGCAUUUACAGUAGUAACGUUGGGGUUCGGGUGAAUGUUGUCAGCAUUUUAGGGAUCACUGGCAGUGUCCUUGCCAAAGAAGAUGGCACACUUGAAACGCUUAAGACCAUCGGAUGCUUCCUGCUUGAGGUUGCCACGAAAGACCCUUUCUUGGUGGUUGCAAGAGAAGCUUUGAACGCUCUCUUUGAUGUUUUUGCAGAUGGGAAAGAAGCCGAAAGGGCCUCGGUUCAAAUUAAGUUGUUAUCUGCACUGAAAGAAUUCCAGCCUGUCUUCAAAGCGAAGAUACGAAAAGAAGGGAGAGAAAAAUACAGCCCAGAGCAAUCGUGUGUUCUUGACAACGUGGAGAUGAACUUGAGAAGGUUCGUUGCUUAUCAAGAAACUGUUGAAAAUGACUCAAGCGUUAAGCCUUUGGAGGAGAGACCCGCCCGUGUCCUACCCGCCGUGCCCAGUGCCAAAGAGCUCGAAAGGGAUUCCUCAAGGCUGGCUGCACGUGUCUAA